AAAUCCGAGGCUACCGGAGACUCGGAGCUGCUGACAAAUGAGUCACAGAGUAACUUCGCCUUCGUAUGGCAAAACGGUGACUUCCUACGGCCCUACGGCCCAGAUAUCGCAGCCAGGGCUAGACCGGUGUUUGUCUUAAGUCAGGACUUGCUUGGGCUGAGAAAUCACAUUUUGGCCAUUCCCCUACUUGGACAGGGGGUAGAAAUCCUAGGCACCGCGAAAUGGAAACUUGCUAGGACCCAGAAGCCAAGGACGCGCGAAACCGCGGGGUCCUGCGACAGAGACGCGCGGCGGCGCCGCCCCAGGACUGCGUUCUGCAGGCCCAGCCGGAACCCGUGCCGCGGCCCUGGGAAGAGACUGUGCCCGUGCAGCUCCCCUGUCACCGGCUCCGAGGAGCGUCGGGCUCCGCCCGCCCAGCCCUGCAGCACCCGUCCCCGUCCGGCCGGCAACGCCAGACUCAGCGCAACUGGGGCACCGGCCACUUUGAAUCUCUCAGAUCCGUGGCCUGAGGGCUGCCGCCACCGAGAAACCGAGGCACAGAGCUGCGAACAAGAGACCACCGCUCGGCGAAACGGCGGUGCCAGGAGCCUGGAAGGGAAUGCAGCCAGCGACGUUGUCAAGGACAACAUUCGUUUUGGCGCAACCAACGGUGCUGUCACCAAGGAACCGUCGACUCUGAGAAAAAAAGAGAAGUUCGGCCACCGAGAAACUCCGUGCAGCAAGUGCUGUGACAGCAAAACCGCCGGCUCCGCGCCGGCGGCGAAAGAGUCAACGGAAACGCCGUGUGCUGCCACCGCGACGCCGCCGGCACCAGAGGGCCUCGGAUGGAGAGAGCUCCGCACCGAGACAAGGAAACUGUGCACGGCACAGCUAGCGGUGGACACAAACAGAAAAGUGUCUGGUCUGCUAAGAACUCUGCAAUCACAAAAUAGAUUUCUCAAAGUUGAAACAGAUACAAGUGAAAUAUUUAAUAAAAUAAAUAUAAAUGUUUAAAAGACAAGGAAACUGAAAGUAAUA